AUUCGCGACAAAGGCGGCAACAGCUAUCGUAUUACCCACAUGACAAAAGCGAAACGCGAGCGGGUGGGGCAACUUCCCGAGAGCAUCAAGUACAGCGAGGUAUCCGACUCGUUUGUGCAGAUGAUGUCUAUUAAUAGACAGGCUCCAUUUUCAAUGAAGUAUAAGAUCAGACCUAUUUUUCCGGAACAAGCUAAAGCGUUGUACUUAGCGAUAAUUACGGUCCGGAGUGUACUGAGGUUGGGUUAG